UGGGGAGGGGGCCUGGGCGAGGGGGUUAAGGAAUUGCAGUUAAGCUGAUCUUAACCGUGCCCCUUCCUGGUAGGAGUCACCUGUGGGGACAAUGGCCCAGGGACUCCUCUCCCCACAGGUGCUGCUCUCUGAUGAGGAGGUCACAGCCUCACCCCUGCUCGAAUCCACAGCAGCGGAGUUUGGGUCUGGCCUGCGCAAAGAUUUGCUAUCCGAUUUCUCUGCUAUUUCCCCAAACCUGGGGGGAGCCCAGCAGGCUGUAUCUGAGGACAAUAAUGAGAAAGUGAAGGUGUAUCUGAGAGUCCGGCCCCUGAAGCCAUCUGAGCUGGAGAAACAGGAAGAUCAGGGCUGCGUCUGUAUUGAGAAUUCAGAGACCCUCCUCCUGAGAGCGCCCCAGGACUCUUUCACCAUGCGGAGCACUGCACGGCGGGUAGGCCAGGCAGUGCAUAAAUUCACCUUCACCCAGGUAGGUGCUCAGGCCCUAUACGCAAACUCACUGUCCAUGGUUUUCCAGGAGGAAGUGCUGACUCCACUGAAGAGGAGCCACAGUGCCGAGUCCCAGCUCCAGGCUGCCACCAAUGUCAGUUUUGACAGUGGGGUUGGUGGCCUCUCUUCUACCAGCCAGUUUGUCAACCAGUCGAGCAGCAGCCAGCUGGAAGAGCUGGGUCCUCGCUGGGCUGACCUAGACCGCAUCUCGCUCCUCACCCCGGGGGAUGGGCAGGUCUCCAUCUGGGUCUCCUUCUUUGAGAUUUACAAUGACCAGAUCUAUGACUUGCUGGAGAUGCCUUUGCCUGGGCAGAACCGCAAAAGGCAGACGCUGCGGCUGUGUGAAGACCAGACUGGCAGCCCCUAUGUGAAAGAUCUGAACUGGAUCAAUGUCCAAGAUGCUGAUGAGGCCUGGAAGCUCCUGAAACUGGGUCGGAAAAACCAGAGCUUUGCCUGCACCCACUUGAAUGAGAAUUCCAGCCGCAGUCACAGCAUCUUCUCCAUUCGUAUUCUGCACUUACAGGGAAGCAGCAGUGAGAUGCUCCCCAAAAUCAGCGAGUUGUCCCUGUGUGACCUUGCUGGCUCAGAGCGCUGCAAGAACCAGAAAAGUGGGGACCGCAUGAAGGAGGCAAAUAACAUCAACACCUCCCUGCACACGCUCGGCCGCUGCAUCGCUGCCCUCCGCCAGAACCAGCAGUCCAAGCUGAAGCAGGGUGUUGUUCCCUUCCGGGACAGCAAGCUGACCCGUGUGUUUCAAGGCUUCUUCAUGGGGCGUGGGCGUUCCUGCAUGAUUGUCAACAUUAACCAGUGUGCAUCCACGUAUGACGAGACCCUGCACGUGGCCAAGUUCUCGGCCAUAGCCAGCCAGCUUGUUCAAGCUCCUCCCACAAAGCUGGCACUGCCGUCUAUCCAAUCAUUAAUGAAGGAACACAGCAGGCGAGACAGCAGGAGUUUAGGGGCAGGCUCAAAGCAAGAAGUGGAGCCUGAUGAAGACAGUGAGGAUGAUGAAGUGUCCAUGUAUGAUUGGGAGGACCUUCCGCGAGCAGUGGAGGUCCUGUGGGAUCUGCUGGUGCAGGAGCGGCAGGACAGGUUGCACCUAGAAAUGCGCCUCCGUGAGGAACUCUGCAAUGAGAUGCUAGAGCAGUUGCAACAGAAGGAGCAGUGGUGCAGCCAACACUUGGACACGCAGAAGGAGCUACUGGUGGAACUAUAUGAGGAUAAGCUGAACAAUCUGAAGGAGUCAAUGACUGAUUAUUACCAGGAGAGGAUUCAGGAGCGUGAUGAAAAGAUUGAAGAGCUGGAAGCUGCUCUGCAGGAGGCAAAGCUGCAGUCAGAAGCCCUGGAGAGGAAACAGCAGGAGCAGCCCCUGCGCAGAUCAAAACGAGUGGUAGCUGCAUCCACUCUGCAGCAGGAGCUGCUGGAAGUUAAAGCCAAGCUGGAGCAGUGUCAAUCAGAGCUGACCAAUACUACUGCAGAGUUGCACAGGUACCAGAAGCUGCUGGAGCCACCUCCUUCUGCCAAACCCCUCACUGUGGACGUGGACAGGAAGCUGGAGGAUGGACAAAAGAAUGUGAAGCUGCUGCGGUCAGAGCUGCAAAGACUUGGGGAGUCCCUCCAGUCUGCAGAGAGAGCAUGCUGUCACACCACAAGUGCAGGAAAACUUCGAGAAGCCCUCUGCACCUGUGAUGACAUCCUGGCUAGACAAGACCAAACACUGGCAGAGUUACAAAACAACAUGAUGUUGGUGAAGCUAGAUCUGCGGAAGAAGGCAACCUGUAUUGCUGAACAGUACCAUACUGUGCAGAAGCUCCAAGCCCCUUCAACAUCUACUUUAAAGAAACGCUUCUGUGCUAAUAGGGAAAACCUGCAGCCAAGUCAGCCUCCUGGCAAGAAACCCUUCCUGCACAGCUUUCUAUCUCGCUCACCCACACAUCCUCAUAUGGCAGAGAGCAGCCCCUAUAGCUGCAUCCUGCGUGGCCGGCGAUCACCAGCGCUCAAGGCCCUGCCCUCUAGUAAAAAAUAUUAAGUGGGUGAGUUGAUGCACCAGUGAGGAGUUACUGUUACUGUCCCUGUCUGUGUGUAUAAACUACCAUAUUUAGUAAUUCUUCACAGGUUUGUGCAAACACUGCAUGUGACUCCCAAAGAUGGCUUCAGGUGGUCUACUCUGUUUCAGGCCAGCUGCUAUUCCAGUCUAUAUGGAACAGGACCUCAGGUCCAAACUGUAACAUUUUUUAACUUGUGUAUUCUGUAACAUAGGCUAUGCAUGACAAUAAAUAUACAAACAU